AUGUUCCAGCCACUGCGAGGCCAGUCGAAGUUCUCGGACAAGACCGACACCAUCUGCAUUGGCAGCGGUCGCUUCCUCCGAUCUGUGUUCGUGCCAACGAUCCGAGCAGCCUGUAGCGCCGUUGUGGUGGCUCAGACGCGUGGAACUAGCUUUGCAGCGGCUUGCGCCAAGGCCGAGGGGACGUACGAGGUCGACGUGAUUCAGAAAGAUGGCAGGGUACAGACUGAAGUCGUUGACGUGGAAGCUGUUGGUUCUUUGGGAGAAAUCGAAGACCGCACGACUUUUAUGCAGCUUCCAGCCAAGUUGCCCACGCUCAAGUACAUUGGCUUUGGAGUGACCGAGAGUGGCAUCGUGAAGGGAGGGUCUGCCAUUGUCGACCUUACAGAGCUGCUAUAUAACUGCUUCCAGAUGCGACCCAACAACGUCAUCUCGGUGAUCAACACGGACAACUUGCCAAAAAAUGGAGACCUCAUCAAGAAGCUGGUACUAGAGACGGAAUGGAAAGGCCAGCCAAGCGACGUCUCUUCGUUUCGGGUGUACCUAUCGUCCAAGGUGCACUUUCAUAACACGAUGGUAGACCGCCUGACGUCUCACCGGCCGGGAAACUCAUUGGUGCCGCUGUCGGAGCCCUGGCCGACCAAGACACUGGUAAUUGAAGAUCUUCAGCGUGUGCUGGAUGUCAAGGCCCUAAGUGCAUUGCCGGGUGUGCAUAUCCAUACAACUGCAGGCCUAUUGGACCAAGAUCACCUGAUUAAGCUUAGUAUUGCAAAUGCUGUGCAUACGGCAAUGGUGUAUCUUCUAGCACUGACACGUGUGAAGACCACGAGUGACGUAUUGAAAUAUCCGGAGAUUCGUCAAUUCUUGGAUCUGUUGUUCGCCAAGGAUAUAGCUCCAUCACUUGUGCUGCGCGGUAUCAGCAAGGAGAAGGCUCAGUAUGCAUACGACGAGUGGAUGGGUCGCUUGGAGCACCGACACUUUGGCUUGGACGUUUUCUGGGUUGGCCAGAACGCUAUGCUAAAGUAUGGCGUACGGCUGUUUAGUUCUGUAAAGGCCAACGUAUCGAUGGAUCCGACGUACCAUCCGAGCGUGUUCAUGGCAUUUGCCACUGCUUUAAUUCUACGAUUCUUGACUCCGACGCAAGCGGACUCGAGAAAGGAGAAUGACUCUGGCCCAAACAUUUUUGUUGGCAGCAUGGACUCAAUCCGAAAUUGCACGCCUGUUUACUCCACCACUGAGAGAACGUGGGUGUACGCUAACGGAUUGAGCGCAAACAUCUCCACGGGCAAGUACGAGUUUAUGGAUGGUAAGGAGGGCAACACGGCGAAGAGUCUAUGGCGAGCCGGUCAGCAUGUGCUUGAAGCUAGCAAGAGCAGUAGCUGUGACUUUCGCAAGUCUGCUCGCGCAGAGUCUUCCUCCGAGGUUUCCAGCGGUGUUGGCGUGGCUGUUGCCAGUGUACUAAACUCAGUCGAGGGAUUUGAUCUUACGAACGACGUAUACGCUUCAUUCGCUGCUGAUGUUGCCGCGCUGUACCAGCGGCUCGUGUCCGGCAAGCAAACUGCUCUCGAAACCCUCGAGGACGUGCUUCGCAAUCACCACACUAGUGAGUACCUCGCUACGAAGGACGAGGUUGGGACAUUUGUGCGCGAGGCCGUUGCCAGCGUCCAAAUCAUUGACGUGCACACGCACCUGUUCCCUCCUAGCCACGGCAAACUCAUGCUCUGGGGCAUCAACGAGCUGUUGACCUACCACUACCUCGUGGCCGAGUUCCUACAGACGGCGCCCAUGCAAGUGGAAGAGUUCAACUCGUGCCCAAAAGAACAGCAAGCUUGUCUCAUCUGGCAGCACCUGUUCGUGGACCGCUCUCCGGUAUCGGAGGCUUGCCGUGGAGUCCUGACAACGCUGCACUUGUUGGGUCUGGACCAUCUCGUGGCGAAACGCGAUCUGUCUGCUAUCCAAGAAUGGUUCAAGCAUCAGGAUGCCGAGGAGUACGUGGACACGGUAUUCCGCCUGUCUGGUCUCAAGUAUGCGGUGAUGACAAACAUCCCAUUUGAACCGGAGGAGGCUCGGCACUGGCUGGGCGAUCCGGCCACGAACACGCCACCACCUGCAUGGUCACGCAAGUACUUCCGUUCGGCUCUACGCGUGGACCAGAUCCUGCUUGGCGACUGGACGUCCAUCGGUCCGACGCUGGAUGUGUUCAUGCUACCGCAUACACUAGCGGGUGUACGCGCGCUUCUGGAGAAGUGGAUCGACAUCAUGAAGCCCGAGUACUUCAUGUCCAGCGUGCCCAUUUUCUUCGAGUACCCAGACGAAAACGCGCCGACUUCUGGAGCGAACGAGCAACCAAAUGGUGCCGAGUUGCUGUUGCAAGUGCUGCUGCCUCUAGCUGAAGAAAAGAAGCUGCCAAUUGCGCUGAAGUUUGACAGCGUGCGUCCGAUCAACGCUCGCUAUGGUGUGGCCGGCGACGGUGUCAAGCCCAGCAACGUGGACAUUUUGAUCAAGCUGUGCCGCAACUUUCCCAAAGUAAAGUUUCUAGCCACGUUCCUUUCGCGUGUGAACCAGCACGAAGUGACAGUGGCGGCCAACAAGUUUCGGAACUUGCACCUAUAUGGCUGCUGGUGGUACUGCAACAACCCGUCGAUCAUUGAAGAGCUCACUCGGAUGCGUAUCGAGAUCCUGGGCACGGCGUUCACGAGCCAGCACUCGGACGCGCGUGUGCUAGACCAGCUCAUUUACAAGUGGAGCCACUCGCGCGACGUGAUUGGCGAAGUGUUGGUGGACAUGUACGAGAAGCUUUUUGCAACGGGCUGGAAGAUAUCCAAGAGCGACAUCCAGCGCGAUGUCCAGAGGUUGUUUGGUCAGAGUUACGAGGACUUCAUGGCAAAGAGCAUGUGA